CUGGUCAAACAAACAGAUGCUCCCACUGUUUCCUGUCCUCCUGAGAUACAGGAGGUAGUUGACCGGUAUGCUGAUCUGAUGCAGGAGCCCUUUGGACUACCCAACCGGCCAACCAAGCAUCACAUUGAGCUGCUGCCUGGAGCGGUCCCUCCCAAGGGCCGCAUCUACAGGAUGUCUCCUGCUGAGCUUGAGGAUCUUAGACGACAGCUUGAGACCCUGACCAGCAAGGGAUGGAUCAGGCCCAACACUUCUGAAUUCGGUGCCCCAGUCCUCUUUGUCCCAAAGGGGAGUGGCGAGUUCAGAAUGUGCAUUGACUACAGGGGUCUCAACAAAAUCACUAGGAAGAGCACAAAGCCACUUCCUAGGAUUGAUGACCUUCUGGAUAUGGUUCAGGGGUGCACUAUUUUUAGCAAAGUCGACCUCAAGUCUGGCUAUCACCAGAUUGAGAUGGCAGAGGAGGAUGUCCACAAGACAGCCUUCAAAACCAGAUAUGGUACUUAUGAGUAUCUGGUUAUGCCAUUUGGACUUUGCAAUACACCUGGCACAUUCCAGACAGAGAUGCACCGCAUCUUCAGGCCGUACCUGGAUAAGUUUAUGGUUGUCUACCUGGAUGAUAUCCUGGUAUUCAGCAAAACUACCAGGGAACAUGCGGAGCACCUGACUCUGGUUCUUCAGUCAUUACGUGACAGCCAGUACAAGAUCAACAAAGAGAACUCCUCUUUUGGAGUUCCCUCUGUGAUCUACCUGGGUCAUGUAAUCUCUGGAGAUGGUCUGGCCCCUGAAGCAGCCAAAAUUGCUGCUAUUCAGGAUUGGCCACAACCCCAGACAGUGAGAGAUGUCCGGUCUUUCUUGGGUCUGGCCUCAUGCUACAGAAAGUUCGUCAGGAACUUUUCUGCAGUGGCUGCACACCUGACUAACAUCACAAAGAAAGACACUGCCUUUCUUUGGUCUCUUCACUGCCAGAUGACCUUUGCACGACUCAAACAGGCCUUGACUCGUGCACCCGUUCUGAAGUUACCUGACCCCACUUUGCCAUUUGUCCUGACCACUGACGCCAGUCAAUAUGGCAUUGGGGCAGUACUUCAACAAGAUGAUGGGAAUGGUCUGAGACCUGUCGAGUUCAUGAGUAAGAAGAUCAAGACUCAUAAGCUUCAGGACUCUACCUACGAGAAAGAGUUGUAUGCUCUUGUCAGUGCCCUGAAACAUUGGAAACACUUUCUCCUGGGCAGGCACUUCAAGAUCUUCUCUGAUCAUUCCACUUUGCAGUGGUUGAAGUCCCAGGGAGAGUUGAACGACAAGUUGGCAUGCUACAUUCAGUUCAUCGAUCUGUUUGACCUGGAACUGAAACAUAAGAAGGGCUGCUACAAUAAGGUAGCUGACGCCCUCUCUCGUAAGCCUGAUUCUUUCGCGCUGAUCUCCUCUACUCACUCCUUUGGAGAGGAAGUCCGUCAGACCAUUACUCGCCUACUGCCUCAGGAUCCGACUUAUGGACCCAUCAUCAGGAAUCUGCAAGCAGAUCCCAAUUCUGAACCUGGCUAUGCUAUGAGUUCAGAUUUGCUGUACACCUACAGCAGAGGAGAGGAACGCUUAUGUAUUCCAGAGGAUCAACAGCUGAGGACACUGCUGAUGUCAGAGUGCCACGAUGCGCGUGGACACUUCGGGUUCUUAAAGUCGUAUGCAACCCUGUCGCAACGCUUCUUCUGGAGGGAGAUGCAGAGUGAUAUGCUGCGCUAUGUGGAAACCUGUGAGCUAUGUCAGAGGAACAAGGUUCAGCGUAAACCUCCUCUAGGACUACUCAAGCCCUUGUCCAUACCUUAUGGUCCUGCACAGUCUGUCUCUAUUGAUUUCACAGACUUAGGCAAGACCACCCCUCGUGGCAUGUGUCAGGUCAUGGUCUGCGUUGAUAGGUUUUCCAAAUAUGCAGAGUUCAUCCCCUUACCAGAGGUGGCGAGGGUCCUAGCUGUGAGAGCAUCCUUUUUUGAGAGGUGGGUCACGCACCAUGGACCGCCCACUUCUAUUGUCAGCGAUCGAGAUCCCCGAUUCUGCAGCGAUGAGUGGCAGUCCUACUGCAAGGACUACCUGCACUCACGCCUGGACAUGACUUCUGGUCAUUAUCCUGAAGCCAAUGGAUUGGCUGAAGUGAUGAACCAAGUCCUAUUCCAGCUGCUGCGUCCUGUGACUCUGUCAUCUCGCCAGAUCAACAGGACUGGGAUCUCCACUUAGCGAGGGCACAACUCAUGUAUAACAUGUCUGUCCACUCCUCGACAGGGUUCAGUCCCUACCGGUUACACUGGGGACGUGAGCCAUGACAGCCU